AUGGCGGAUUACUUUAGUUCUAGCGAUGAUGAUGAAGAAUUUCUGGGAUUUACAGUGGAAGAAAUAACUGAAGCUGAAGAAAGGAAUGUAAGAAAGCAGCUUGAAAUAGCUAAUAUUGAUUCUGACAUCAGUAUAUCCGAUAUAUCGGACAGUGACUCGGAUAUAGACUCUGAAUCUGAAGCGUCAAGCGAUGACGACCAGCCUCUGGCCGAGAUUGCGAGAUGGUCAAUACACCUCAGACCUAUCAACGUAAAAAACUUCUCAGGACCAAAUCCAGGACCAUUAACAUUGAUGGACACAACAAGAAAAGAAAUUGAUUUCUUUCAUUUAUUAUUCACAGAGGACAUUUACCAAACAAUUGCUGAACAAACAAAUGCUUACGCAGAGAGGGCACGGAUACUGAACCCAAACAGAGCAUGGUACCCUACCAAUGCUGAGGAAAUAAAAGCGUAUUUGGGAGCAGCAAUUGUUAUGGGAGUCCUUCCUGCACCAGCCCAAGACAUGUACUGGUAUAAGGACAAACUUUUCCAUCCAUCAUGUCUAGAGGGAAAGUUCAGCAGGACAAGGUUUGAAAAUAUACAGAGGUAUUUUCAUGUUGCCGACACAACCACAAAUCCGGGACGAGGAAAUCCAGGACAUGAUAAAUUGGCCCACGUUAGACCAAUAAUGGAAAAACUACGAGAGAAUUUCCUUAGAGAAUAUAAACCGCAUAGGGAAGUGUCAGUUGAUGAGGCGAUGAUUGGUUAUUCAGGAAGACUUGGCUUCAAACAAUACGUCCCCCUGAAACCAACUAAGAGGGGUAUCAAAGUAUGGGUUAGAGCUGACCCCCACAAUGGUUAUGUAAAUGACUUUCAGGUCUACACUGGCCGAAUAAACAAUGCACCUGAAAAGGACCUGGGUUCACGUGUUGUUCUGGACUUGAUCAGACCAAUAAUGAAUAAAGGACAUCAUGUGUACUGCGACAGUUUUUUUACUUCGCCAGACUUAUUCCUUGAGCUGUUGCGGGAAGAUACCUAUGCGUGUGGAACUGUCAGGGCCAAUAGGAAGGGACUACCCAAAGACAUUGGACAGAUCAAACUAAAGGAACAAGGAAAAAGUAUAACUAAGCAGAAAGGAAGUAUGAGAGUCACUGUUUGGAGGGACAAGAAAAACAUUACCAUCCUACAAACAAAUAGUGAUGGUGAAGCAACCUCGGUAGGGCGCAAACAGAAGGAUGGAAACACCACAGAUGUACCAUGUCCAGAGUCCAUAAAACUGUACAAUCAGUACAUGAAUGGAGUAGACCAUGCUGACCAACUAAGGUCUACAUACAAUACAGCAAGAAAAGCUCUCAAGUGGUGGAAGUACUUGUUCUUCUUCCUGUUUGAUGUGUCAGUUGUCAACUCCUACCUGCUCAUGAGAGAAUCAACUAAUCAUGAAAUCAAGACAAAGGGGAACAAGACUAGACAAAGGACUCAGAUGGAGUUUAGAAUGCAGCUAGCCCAUCAAAUGCUUGGUGGAUUCACUUCCAAAAGAAAAAGGCAGGGUGAGGUCCAAGCACCAGCAGAAAUAACUCAAACUCACUGGCCGACCAUUAUGCCAAAAAAGAAAACAUGCAAGCAGUGUGCAACCAAAAAAAUUAGAUCCGAACCCACCUCUGGCUGUGACAAAUGCAAUGUGAACUUGUGUUUAAAAUGUUUUAAGCCCUAUCACUUGGAAAAGUUUCCAGAACUUUCAUAA